CACUACGUCCGUAAGGCAUGCGCGAGGCGGUGGCUGAGCGCCGCCAUUUUGGCCGGUGGCCGUAGGAACACGCCGUGUGGGUGAGAAGUGAAAGGAAGAACUGAUUUGGCCUCUGAGCUCCCCUCCGCGAGGGGAUCGUUUUCUCCAGAAGAGUUGGAUAUUCUUACUUUCUUAGAAUUAUGGCGGAUAAAUUAACAAGAAUUGCUAUUGUCAACCAUGACAAAUGUAAACCUAAGAAAUGUCGGCAGGAGUGCAAAAAGAGUUGCCCUGUGGUUCGAAUGGGAAAAUUAUGCAUAGAGGUUACACCCCAGAGCAAAAUAGCAUGGAUUUCUGAAACCCUUUGUAUUGGUUGUGGUAUUUGUAUUAAGAAAUGUCCCUUUGGCGCCUUAUCAAUUGUCAAUUUACCAAGCAACUUGGAAAAAGAAACAACACAUCGAUAUUGUGCCAAUGCCUUCAAACUUCACAGGUUGCCUAUCCCUCGUCCAGGUGAAGUUUUGGGAUUAGUUGGAACUAAUGGAAUUGGAAAGUCAACUGCUUUAAAAAUUUUAGCAGGAAAGCAAAAGCCAAAUCUUGGAAAGUAUGAUGAUCCACCUGAUUGGCAAGAAAUUUUGACUUACUUCCGUGGAUCCGAAUUGCAAAAUUACUUUACCAAGAUUCUAGAAGAUGACUUAAAAGCCAUUAUCAAACCUCAGUAUGUAGACCAGAUUCCCAAGGCUGCAAAGGGAACAGUGGGGUCUAUUUUGGACCGAAAGGAUGAAACAAAGACACAAGCAAUUGUAUGUCAACAGCUUGAUUUAACCCAUCUAAAAGAACGAAAUGUUGAAGAUCUUUCAGGAGGAGAGUUGCAGAGAUUUGCUUGUGCUGUCGUUUGCAUACAGAAAGCUGAUAUUUUCAUGUUUGAUGAACCUUCUAGUUACCUAGAUGUCAAGCAGCGUUUAAAGGCUGCUAUCACUAUACGAUCCCUAAUAAAUCCAGAUAGAUAUAUCAUUGUGGUGGAGCAUGAUCUAAGUGUAUUAGACUAUCUCUCUGACUUCAUCUGCUGUUUAUAUGGCGUACCAAGUGCUUAUGGUGUUGUCACUAUGCCUUUUAGUGUAAGAGAAGGCAUAAACAUUUUUUUGGAUGGCUACGUUCCGACAGAAAACUUGAGAUUCAGAGAUGCAUCACUUGUUUUUAAGGUGGCUGAGACAGCAAAUGAAGAAGAAGUUAAAAAGAUGUGUAUGUAUAAAUAUCCUGGAAUGAAGAAAAAGAUGGGAGAGUUUGAGCUAGCAAUUGUAGCUGGAGAGUUUACAGAUUCUGAAAUCAUGGUGAUGUUGGGGGAAAAUGGUACUGGUAAAACAACAUUUAUCAGAAUGCUUGCUGGAAGACUUAAGCCUGAUGAAGGAGGAGAAGUGCCAGUUCUAAAUGUCAGUUAUAAGCCACAGAAAAUCAGUCCCAAAUCAACUGGAAGUGUUCGACAGUUGCUACAUGAAAAGAUAAGAGAUGCUUACACUCAUCCACAAUUUGUGACUGAUGUGAUGAAGCCUCUGCAAAUUGAAAAUAUCAUCGAUCAAGAAGUGCAGACGUUAUCUGGUGGUGAACUGCAGCGAGUGGCUUUAGCUCUUUGUUUGGGCAAGCCUGCUGAUGUCUAUUUAAUUGAUGAACCAUCUGCGUAUUUGGAUUCUGAGCAAAGAUUGAUGGCAGCUCGAGUUGUCAAACGUUUCAUACUCCAUGCUAAGAAGACAGCCUUUGUUGUGGAACAUGACUUCAUUAUGGCCACCUAUCUAGCAGAUCGAGUCAUCGUUUUUGAUGGCAUUCCAUCUAAGAACACAGUCGCAAACAGUCCUCAAACCCUUUUGGCUGGCAUGAAUAAAUUUUUGUCUCAGCUUGAAAUUACAUUCAGAAGAGAUCCAAACAACUAUAGGCCAAGAAUAAACAAACUCAAUUCAAUUAAGUGCCUGCUUAAAAUGCUGCUUACAUUUCAUGGUCCUCUAGCCUUUGUCCUUAAUACUAGCAUUUACUAGAUUUUAUUAUUUUCAUAUUUGUACUCUGGCUUUGCUACUGAGCUAUAACCUCUUAGAAAGCAGAGACCAGAUCAAAAUAGACAUCAUGUAUUCUUAAGCGCCUGACACAGUGUAUUGAUGUCUUUAGACUUUGCUGUGUAUUUUGUUUAUACUUAUUUUACUCUCUGGCCAGGAUAAUGAGAUUACAAGUUCUGACUUAAAAACUUUUUAUUUUAAAAAUCAUAUCAUUAAGUAGAAAAGAAGAACUAAAUUCUACAACACUUAUGCACAGCUUAAUUUUCCUAAGAAUUCCUUCUGAAGUGUUACAGAUGUUGUAUUUGUCAUUUUCUUGUGUAGAGACCCAUGGUUCUGGCCCCAGGUAUACCUAGUCAUCAUUGCUCUGUGCCCACUCAUCUUAGUCAUCAUACCUUAAUCCUAAAAAAGGAAGUUCCUAGGCAGAUAGAUGGAUGGAUCAUUUACUGGCCACUCUAUAAACAGUACUAGGAAAAAAUACUUUUAUAUACAUUUUAUGUAAUAGGCAGUUCUCAAACUGACAAUGUUAACCUUUUGGAGGGACUUAAAAUCAAAAUGAUGAAAAUGGAAUUUAAUAGUUUAGCUGAAAAUAGUAUUUUAUAUAGCAAAAUUUUACCUACAUAAAUAAGCCAUUUUAUAUAAAAGGGCUCUGCUUGAGGUGGACCAAGGUAAGUUUUCGGGUGGUAGGGCUGAGUAACAGAGGUACUACUGUUGCCUUUGAUUUAGUGGACCCAGGAGUGUGGAGACGCACGCAGACAGUGAGUGCAGAGGUUGUAUAGAUGCUAUUGUAAACACCACCAGCCAAUGCUGUGGGUGAAAGGUCUACCCUACAUAGAGGAGAAUGGUGUGGAUUUUGUUGUUUCUGUUUUAUUUUUUAGGAUGUAGAACAAAAGAAGAGUGGAAACUACUUUUUCUUGGAUGACUAGACUGAGAAUAUUGAAAAGCCAUUUCUUAAAAGAAACAUUUAUUGGGAUUUUUGUCAUAUAAAACUUUAAUCAGGUUUUAUGCCCCACAUACUCUGGAGCUUGAAGUAUAAUUUACUUAAUGUAACAUCAAAAGCCAGUUGUGUUGUAAAUUGUCUAAACACAGAAAAUGCACUUUUCUGUUCUUGAUAAGGCCCUUCUUGUGUCUAACAUUCUAAAGUGAAAACAUUUCAAGCUACACAAAUUACCUCCAAGUUUUCACGAUGUAUGGGAAGAUUUUCAGUAGGUGUUCAUCAUAUUCAUGUACCAAAUGCUGACCAGUGUUACCCCCUUUUAAAAAUCUUGAAAAAGCUUUCUGUACUUAGAGUUUGCCAAAUACUCCUCUUAUAAUGAAACUGCCCUUAUUUUAAAAGCCGGUCGAAUAAGACUCCACUAAUGAAAUUUGAUAAAUAAACACAUCAGGAUUGUAUUUGUUAUUUGUUUUCAGUCUUUGCACUAUGUUUUCAGUGUGUUUAGACUUUCAAAGGAAGAUGAUCUACUACAAAACACCGUUGGAAAAUGGCCAUGUUCCCAACUUAAGCACUGUUUACAAUGUUUUUGGUGCUUUUGAAUAUCUUUGAGUAUCAAAAAUCAUUUCAACACCCUUCCCCCAUCCACCAGAGAAAACCCUAACUUUACUAUGAAUUACUCAGUUUUAGUAUUCCAUAAGAUUCUAUAUAAUACUCAAAGUAAUGUCAUUCUUAACACAAGUAUACAAUCACUGAUCAAGAUUUAGGAAAAGCAUUUUAAAGAAUAUUUGCUUCCUUUAAAAGUAUAGGCUGAAAAUCUUUCAAGUUGAUGCCUAAGCAUCUAUGUAAACUUCCACAGAUUUCUAAUGGGCAGCCAAGGACAGUGAGCCACUUUCCUAAAGGCAACAUUAAUGCAAGCGAGUCCCCAUAUAGCAAUAUAAAGUACCUCUUGGUACCAAAUAUAUUCACCUCCAUGUUUGGAUGUAGAGGACAUGAUCUAGUUUUGGAUACUAUGGAGCACGAGCUCUAAAAACUUACCCACAUCUUUUGAAUUCCUGAGUUUGAACAGUGGUAUGUAAUGUGAUACCACUUUGAAUUACACUUCUAAUGCACUGAACUGGAACGAACUUAUACUACAAGUGAGGAAAAGAGUUUAAUAAAUGGGGCAAGCAAAAUUGGAGAAUUGGAAGUUAUUGAAGACUUUUAGAGCUCCUUGAAACAAUAGAAGUGUUAACUAAUAUGCAGACGGUGAAUAGAAAAUAUGGUUUAACUGGUCCCCAUUAGGCCUUUUAAAAAAUUUAGUAAUCCAUAAUGUUGUGAAAAAUUCAAACCUACUGAAAUUUAUGUAAUAAAAAUGUUACGAUCCUUCCUCACAUUACCCUCCCAAAGGUUACCAGUGUUUGCAUUUAAUAAUACAUAUCCUUUUAUGGUUUUUUCCUGUGCACCUAACCUAAGUGUGAAUAUGUAAAGAGUUUGUUUUGUACAUAAAUGGGAUUAUACUAAAAUAAGUAGUGCCUAUUUUUAAGGAUAGGUUAAAUUUGUGAAUGAUUAUUUCAAGUAUAUUGAAUAAAAUAAGACAAAAGA